ACUGUUACUAUCUGAGACCUUCACUAUGACCGUUACUACUGACUACUUGAGACUGUCGCUAUGACAGUUACUACUGUUACUACUUGAGACCUUCAUUAUGACAGUUACUGCCGUUACUCUUUGACACCCUCAUUACAAGACUGAAUGAAGGGGUGAACAUAGAAAAUGAAAACUUAAAGCAAAAAGGAAGGGUCCAGGGGAAGAAGAAGAGAGCUCCCUGCUUCUAGUAAGCAAAGGCAGCCCUUGAGCUUCCACAGGAGGAGGAGAGAGAGAGUGAGACAGAGAGACCAACAGAUAGAAAGACACAGCACAUGAGAGAAGUUGCAAGCAGAUGGCUCUUCUUAAGGCCAAUACGGAUCUCAUUUCCGCAGGACUGAAGGAGUUCAGUGUUCUGCUGAAUCAGCAGGUCUUCAAUGAUCCUCUCAUCUCUGAAAAAGACAUGGUGAUUGUGGUGGAGGACUGGAUGAACUUCUACAUCAACUAUUACAGGCAGCAGGUGACAGGGGAGCCCCAAGAGCGAGACAAGGCUCUGCAGGAGCUUCGGCAAGAGCUGAACACUCUGGCCAACCCUUUCCUGGCCAAGUACAGGGACUUCCUGAAGUCUCAUGAGCUCCCGAGUCACCCUCCGCCCUCCUCCUAGCUCAGGGACCCAGCCCCUCCUCUCUGAGAAACUCUGACCUUCAUGUCCUUAGCCUGUGCUCCUGCCACUCUACCCUGACACCUCAAUAAAG